UUAACCAGCCUGCUUAUGUGCGAAUCGCCGCGAUGCUGCCCUGCCGCUCAGUCUUUUUCAGCUGAAUGUUAAUGAGGAUGAAACUGAUCGCACACACCUCAAACCCUCUCAAAACAUCUGCAAUGACCAUAGUCUGUUUUAAUUAUUAUUACUGGCAUUAUUUGCUGUUGAUUUUUUUAAAUUAUUAUUGUAGCGACCAUGAUGGAAUUAAACGAUGCCUCGCGCCGAGGUUACAGUUAUUCGUUGUUAUUUACCGUGACGUAGCGUUGCAGUCAUGCAUUUUCACGCCGGUCUGUUAAUGACUCGUAAACAUAAGACCGAAACAGACCGCAAGCCAAGCCAUCAGUGCUCACCCACACUCCGCCGUCAUGUGCCUUGGCCUCAGCCUACACAAGUACCACACAGGGUCAGAACAGCUCAGCAGCAAGUUCAGGGAUGCGGAAACAGGAGACAAAAGCCAGCUCUGAAAUGCAGGAGAAGACCACAGAAUCGCUUUGUGCGUUACAAUGUCCAUCAUUGUUAUAACUCUUAACUGGCCUUUUUGCAGUUAGAUGUAAAUCUGUCCAUCCAACGUCAUGGGCUGGUCCACCAACAGAACUAACCCAAGGCGACUCUUUCAGAGAAGUGACGUGCAAGUGAGAAACCGCCAGCGAAUCUUCCUGACAUAGCGAGCGUUUACGUUUAAGCGCCGUCUUCCCUCAGCCUACAUCCUUCUACCCAGUAGCUAAACUUUGAGACCUUCAGCUGAUUUUCACCUGUUGGCAGAGCAGAUGCGUGCGGCGAGCAUCGGAGCUGGCUGAUCUUCUCUUCUCCCAUCCUCGGUCUCCUGCGUCCAGCUCGCUCGGAGGGACAUGGCCAGCCCGGAACCCUCCAGCACCUUCCUGCGCCUCGUGUCAGAAGAGACAGACACCUCCGAAUUAACCGUGGUGUUCUGCGACGACGUGCAGCAGGCACUCUGCGACCAGCCACCCGGGGGCCAUUCCAAGCACCAACAGCACAGGCCCGGGGGGUCCCUCCAGGGGCAGGGAGCCGACGAUAACCUCUGGGGCCUGAACAGAGACAAGGACCCCAACGUGCCUCUCAGAAAUCUGCCCCUGACGAUGCAGGAGAAGAGGGACACCAGGGACCGUCGACACCUGCAGCGGCGCUCCAUUGGCUGCUGGGAGUCGUGGAGGCGGAGCCAGAGCAUCAUGAGGAGGCGGUGCCUGGAGCAGAUGUGGCAGUUCCUGUCAGAGCUGCAGCCGUGGAGACGUACCCUGCACACCAUUGAAGGCAAGUUUGGUGUGGGUGUGAAGGUGUACUUUGCCUUCCUGCGCUACCUGGUCUAUCUUAACCUGCUCAGCUGCUUCCUGACUGGGGGGCUGAUACAGGCCCCUGUAAUCAUCUUCAAUAGGGACAGACUGCAUUACAGUGGAAGUUUACAGAACAUUUCUAUACUUCACUUUCUCCUGGGGACGGGCAUCCUGGAAAAAUCGCCUGUCUUCUACCGUUUCUACAAGCCUGUGCUGUGGAGACAGUGCCUGAACACGCCCCUGCUUUUCUUGCUGGGAGUCUCCUCUGUGCUCAUCUUCAGCCUGGUUGUGUUGGUCCGCAGGACUGUCAAUGGUUACAAGCACAAGUGGAUGCUGGGAGUUCGGUACUCCUUCAACAUGAGCUUCAAGGUCUUCGGUAGCUGGGACUUCUGCAUCCAGGACUCGGCGUCAGCCGCUUUGAAGCAGAGAGUCAUCAGGGAUGAACUCAAGAUGGACCUGGAGGAGGAGCAGUACCACCUGCGAGUGUCCCAGCGGACCUGCCGGCAGAAGCUCUGGCUCUGUUUCAUACGCCUCUUGCUCAACUUCAUGGUCGUGGUCCUGCUGGGCGGCUCCUUCUACCUUAUCUACCUGGCCACCGAAUUUUCCCAGCCUGGCAAGCUUACUGAGAACGAGUUCCUCAGGCCUCUCCAGCAGUACCUCCCCCCCAUCACCAUCACCUUGGUCAAUUUUGUGCUCCCGCAUCUUUUCCGGAUCAUCUCCAAAUUCGAGGACUACUCUCUCACCGUCCAGGUCAACAUCACGCUGGUCAGGAGCAUCAUCCUGAAACUUGCCUGUUUGGGAAUCUUCCUGUUCUCCCUUUACGCGACUCUCAAGGACAAUUCCCGGGAGAACAGUAGUGUGUGCUGGGAGAAUCAGUUUGGCCAGGAGAUGUACAAACUUCUGAUCUUCGACUUCCUGGCCUGCUUCACUGUCACGUUCUUCGUGAUGUUCCCCAGAACGUUGCUGAGGGAGCAUUUCCCAAAUAACAACCUGCUGAAGACGAUGGGCUUGCAGAAGUUUGUGAUCCCCUUCCACGUGCUGGACCUCAUAUACAGCCAGACCGUCACCUGGGUGGGGGUCUUCUACUGCCCCCUGCUGCCAUUCAUCUCCCUCAUCAAGCUGUUCCUGGUCUUCUAUAUCAAGAAGUUUGCCGUGCGGCGGUGCUGUGACCCCGCCCACCGCGUGUUUCGGGCCUCCAACUCCUCUGUCCUCUUCCACUUCAUUCUGCUCCUGGGGCUCCUGAUGGCGAUCGCGGUUCUCGGCCUGACCCUCAACAAGCUGCCUCCUUCCCCCCAAUGUGGCCCGUUCAAGGGCAGGAGCACGGUGUUUAACAUCACGGCGGAGUGCGUGGACAGCCUGCCCAAAGUCCCCCGCGACCUGAUCCACUUCAUGUCCUCCGAGGCUUUCGCCCUGUCGCUCAUCCUGGCCGAGAUCAUCCUACUGACGUCGUCCAUGUCUCAGAGGAGCGCCAACAACAAGUGCAUCGAGAGGCUGAAGAACAUGCUGGUUAUAUGCAGCUCUGAUAAAUGGUUCCUAGUGAGGCAUCAGUCGGCCUGGCCGUACAGUCAGUCAUUGGAGAGCAGCGACUUUGCAGGCAGCAGGCAGCUCAGUCCCACACCGCUACAGGAGGACCUGUCCUAGGGAGCGCCGUCAAACCACGCAACACGUGCGCCCGCCAGCUCCUUGUGAUGAACUUAGGAUGCCUCAGUGACAUUGUGUGGCCGUUUCUCACGUUCUGAUAAACCAUGAUUGGGUCAGAUAGACUAUAAGCAUUAUAUCAAAAGUCACCGCUGUAAAUAUGUUUUAUAUAUGUAAAUGAUUUUAUUGCUGAGCAGAUAUGUUUAUUGGAGUGCAAUUAAACCUGACGCCAAGCAGUUUAUCUCAUUGCCUGGGGGGGUGGGGUGGGGGGCCUACAGUAUAAGGUUUCCCAGGGUCUGACCACAUACGCAGGAGAUAUUUCCUAAAAUGGCUCCAGCUCCGGGCCGGGGACUCUGGCUUGUGUUUCAGAACUUCAUGUAUCUCCAGAGAAUAUUAUUGGUAUUACUUUAACAUUCUUUACAAGCAGUUAAGCGAAUGGUAAUAGCAUGUCCAGAAAAUACUUGUACAUACAUGCUGUUCAAUAAAGCUUGUUUAUAUUUAUUUUAA